AUGUCUACAACUACUACAGUCACCCAGACCGAGCCCAUCACGGCUCAAAACAUCCUGCGACUCUUCCCCGACAUCGACACCAGCUCUGCUGGCCUAGACGGUCACGAUGAGGAACAAAUUCGAUUGAUGGAUGAGGUCUGCAUUGUUCUCGACGAGAAUGAUAAGCCAAUCGGAAACUUCAGCAAGAAGAUAUGCCAUCUCAUGACCAACAUCGACAAAGGUCUCCUCCACCGCGCAUUCUCUGUCUUCCUCUUCAACUCCAAGAACGAAUUGCUUCUCCAGCAGCGCGCAACGGAAAAAAUCACAUUCCCAGACAUGUGGACAAACACAUGCUGUUCGCAUCCACUUGGAAUACCCGGCGAGACUGGUGUUGAGUUGGAUGAGGCCGUCGCGGGCGUCAAGAGGGCUGCCCAGCGCAAAUUGGACCAUGAACUUGGAAUCAAAGCUGCUCAGGUCCCUAUUGAGAACUUCAAAUUUCUGACAAGGAUUCAUUACAAGGCCCCGAGCGACGGAAAAUGGGGAGAGCAUGAGAUUGACUACAUCCUAUUCAUCAAAGCCGAUGUUGAUAUAGAGCCCAAUAUGAACGAGGUUUCAGCCACUCGAUACGUUGAUGCAGAUGGUCUGAAAUCAAUGUUCAAUGAUCCCGCCCUAAAGUUUACGCCAUGGUUCAAACUUAUCUGCAAUACAUUGCUAUUUGAGUGGUGGGAGCAUCUAGAUGAGGGUCUCGACAAGUACAUGAAUGAGCAAGAAAUACGGAGGAUGUAA